AUGACGCUCACCGAUCUAGUCCUCAAAGCCAUCAUCCUCCUGUUCUGCCUGCGCGACACCUUCGACGCUCUCAGGACGCCCCACCUCGCAGACCUCGGCAGAUCAUCGAAGCCCUCGACCAGGGCAGUCCGAGCAAGAGAUGCGCCACCCGGCACGCCUGCCCGGAGGGAGCCCUUCGACCGUCAAAGGAUCGGGUCGGCCACUCGCCGAGCCAGUGUUCGCAGCGCACUGAUGGUCAUCCUCGUCUGGAACCUGGGCAUGAUGUUCGAGCCUUUCUGCGACAGGACUCUGGCAUGGGUCGUGCCCUUUUACGACACCAUCAAGACGCUCUGCCUCAUGUGGUUCCUCGUCACGCGCAGCCUCGGCUCGCAAAUGCUCUUCAACCGCUUCGUCGUGCCAAUCGUCUCGCCAUACGAGCCCAUCAUCGACGCCGCCAUCCAUGCCUCCGCACGUCUCCUUCCGCUCGCAUACGUCCUUCUCGGCUGGCUGCGAAUUCGUUCUGGCGACCUCUACGCCGGAUUGUGGUCCCAAGGCAGAGGAGAUGAUGCGCACGCCAGCGCCACAAUCGAGGAGAUCUCUCCGCUGCAGGACCGUCGUGCCGUCAGGACGGAGAACACCAAACCGCGCACACCGGAAGCGGCCGUUUCGACCUUCGAUCGGCAGCAGCCAAAGCCUCGCAGCGCUCUGCAAAAGGCGAGGGUCAUUUCGCAGCGACAGCAGCACGAACAAAGGCGCAGCUCGAUGGCAGACCAGCGCAGCUCCGAACAAGAAGCCAGGCCGUCCAAGCCUGCCGCAGCCUCCCCAGCUCAGAAGACGUCGUCGCGAGCUCCAGAUGCGGCCGUGCCGUCGUCGAGCCCCACGUCUGAUCGAUCUCCAGCGCUGCCUACCUUUGCGUUCGUGCCACCGGCGGCGAUCCCAGGCACCCCUGCGAACCCAGCCGCACUCCUUUCGCCCCCUCCGAAGCUGCCGGGCCACUUUCAGUUCGCCUUCAUACCCCCUCCAUUCCAGGACGCCGUCGACGUGCGCCAGAAGCAAGCCGAGCGGUCGAUAAACGCUAACCCGGCCUCAGAGCUCGACGUCUCCAGCAGGGUCAGCGCCGCCAACGGCACCGAGGAGGCGUCCGUACCAUCGAGGCUGGCUACCCCUCGCCGUUCUUCGACGGCAGCCCCCAAAAGGAUCCAUGAGCGCCCGGAUGUCGAAGACGAAAUCGUGGCGCCCCCAAGCCGUCGGACGCGAGUAAGCUCGUCGAUCGGUACCGGGGGCACCUCGACACGCGCCGUGAGGCCAUCUCGAUCCUCGCAAAGCCUUCGGGCGCCAGCAUCGGCAACAGGGGCAUCGAGGCCGUCGGCACCAUCUACAACAGCGACAGACACUGCUUCCGGCGCCCCGCGAACCGUUUCGAAAGUCGCACGCGCGAACAGGCCGGAAAGCAGUGCAGAGGCCAAGGGCAGGCUCCCACGGACAUUCGCGACGCCAUUGCUGAGCGAUGUCUCGGCCAGCACGACAACAGACAGGGCGGUCGAGACUGGCUCAGUCGGGGGCAGCUCUGUGGCCGGACAGAAGAGGGCGCUGGCGGACGAGGCAGAGCCGUCCAGACGCACCUCGGACGCUCAGCGCAAAAAGGCGCGAACGGCGCCAACGCCAACUGCAGCACCUGGCAGAGCAAACGCAGCCGGCACACGAAACGCAGCAUCUGCGGCGGCGACCACGGACGCUGCCACGCUCAACAUCGCCCCGGGCAGGACCAGAACGGCUGCCACCAGCGGCAGAAACACUGCAAGGACUUCGGCGUCCGGGGAGCGACGUGCAAGCGCCAGCGUUCGAGCACCGCAGAAGCCGGCCAAUAGGGUGACGAGGUCGCGAGCCAAGGCGUCGUCGUCCAGCCAAGGCCUUUAG